CAGAAGAAAAGUAUUGGAGAAGCUCUUUCCUGCCUCUCGUCCUGACAUGGCCAAUUCAAGCACAGAAGGCAGAAGUGUGUUACAAAGCCCAGUUUCAGAUCAAGUCGGGUCUACCGAAGCAUCAGAAGGAUAUCCAUGUUUACAAGACAAAAAGGGCUUGAUUCUGCCUCCAAGAAAAAUGUACACGGUGACUCCUCCUCCUGAAGACUAUGUACAGGAAGCUAACAGUGAAGUGAAAUAUGAAAACUCUGAGAGUAAUGAUGACAGUGACUGUGAUGCUUCAGAAGAGAAUUAUCAAGGGCAACCCAGGAAAAAGCGCAUUCGAAGGAAGAAGCAAAAGAAUGUUUUGCAGAACACUGAUAAUUCACAUGAAGGCCAAGUGGAAUGUAGGAAGCAUGAAAAUCCGACUGAAGAUAAUUUACAACUGGAACACACAGACGGCCAAGCUUUAAGUCGAAACAAAAAGAGAAAAAUGAAAAAGAAACGGCAAAAAGCAAGGAUGAGAGCGGUUGGCUUGCCAACAAAACCAACUGGUAUGGAUUUCACAUAUAAGCCAGAGAGGGAGGAAGGAACAAAUUUGGAAGAUGUGAAUAAAAAAACAGAUGACGUUCUGGAUUUUUUGCAAGCAACACAAGAAAUCUAUUUUUCUGACAAACGAUCAAAAUGCGAAGCACCAUCAAUGAAUUCAGAAAGUGUUUAUGAGAUUUUACAGCACCUUCAAUCUCAUCGCAUGGCUGUCUCAGAUGUCACUCUUCUGCACCAGAUGAAAUCCCUUGUUCUUCUGCAGGAUGUUGAAAGAAUAAAGGGUGCCAUAGAAGAGUUCCAGAUACAUUCAGCCAUGCCUCCUGAUGAUGCCAAGGCAAUCUCUUUGCUGUUUCUCUACUGGAUUACAGAUAUCCUUCCUGGGAAGAACAGGAAAUAAAGUUCAUGUGCACCUCCAUCUGUGGAGAGUUUAAAUUUAAUACACAGACUCUGAAUUGAAUUUUGGGAAGAUGCAGUGUCACUCAAGUGGGUUGCAAGUUCACUAAGACACUCAUCAGCUUAAGAAAAAAUGACUGCUUCCUCAAGUUAAUGGUCAAUUUAGAAAGACUUUUAAUAUUAGCAUAUGGGGUGAGAGAAACACAGAACCAAGUUUACGCUUUAAAUAGGGCUCCAGUUUAUUAUUGCAGUUGAAUUUGUCCAAGGGAGAACCACGUACAUAAGAGCCUUCAUAGCUACAAAAAAAUGAGAGACGCAUGUCCCCAGGGCUGGAAGCAACGGCGUGAUCUCCCGGCUGCCCAUCAGGCCUUACAACAUCCCCAGUCACUGCAUCGCCCAUUUUGGAGCAACAGCAUGAUCUCCCACACAGGAGAAAAGGGUGGUGGUGGCUGGGCUCCCGGCUGCCAUGUGUGCAAGAGAUAUGGGGACGAGAGGCAGAAAUCCCCUCCCAGGACAGCAUGCACAGCUCCCUCGGGCCGAUAUACUGCCCCCCCCCACAGAGUGGUUGCUGUGGGGGAAGGGAGAGAAAGGAGAUGUGCAGUCCCUGGUCCUUGAAUAAAGAAAGAACGGCAGCGCCUCUUCCCCAUGUUGAGCGAAAAGCACCAAGUGGACAUGCCAACCUCCAAAUGACGCUGUUAUUUGUUUAUACAAUGUCAAAAUGCAUAUUUUUCUAUAUAAAACAACGAGGGAAAACUUAUUUUUAUAUCCUUGCAUAUAAUUGUUUAUACAAAUC